AUGGCUGGCCCACCAUCAUACCCCGCCAAUGGCGAUUUCAACUCCAGACCACCACCCCCAUCGGCACAAUCACGGCCUAACGUCGCUUCCACCCCAAGUGCAAUGUCAGUCGCUGACUCUUCUGAUAACGACUUUGAGCCAACCCCCAUCCAUAGCCCCGGAGGUCCACAUUACGAAGAUUUGCCACCAUCAUACGACGAAGCGCAAGACCAGGCCGUUCACGAUACACGCAACGGCAUAGCGCCCGUAGACCCAAGCCAGAUCGAAGCCCACCGCAUCACUUCCAACGAAGGUCCUAAUGAGCCCGAAGUAUGGGAGUAUCGAGUAAGAGGUGAACCAGAUCCUGCGAACGAGCGGGAACAAGCGCCAGACUAUGCAAAUCAUACGAGCGACAAAGCUACCAGUGUACCUGUGCAGCAUGUCAGCACCAGUGAGAGCAUUACAGUUGGACGAGUGCACAGCGAGUUUGAUUCCAAGUCUAGUGCGUCCAGUUUACUUGACCAAGCCCUGAAAUUCGUGCAUCGAGAGCCAGAUGCCGCAGCGCAGUAUGCACCGCAUUUGAACCGUCUCAUCGCGAUACCUGAACUUGCCGGACCAGCACGGCGUGCAGACGAAAUCUCAACGUUCCUAGUCGCCUACGCCGAAGUGUUGAAUCAUCAUUCGAUCAAACCUGAUGAAUUCGCCGAUUUUCUUUACGGUCUACAAGUCCUAUGUACUAUCACGAAGACAACAGCCAGAGACUUGUUGGACAUGCCAGCGCAUGGAUACACUUCUUCAACUACGGUGGACGAUUACAUUCGAGGCGCGAACGAAGCGUUCUUUGCGCCAAGAGGUCUCAUUGUGUCGUUCCGCAGCGAGACUGCGCUUCUCGAACAAUUGCCCAUUCCCAUGGGGCACAAAAGUACUGUCCUAAUCAAAUUGGCGGACAGAACUGUAACAGCUGAAUGGAGGGCACAGCAAUUAUAUCCCUGGAUUGAAGCGCUCGACGUCGAGAAUGUCCCGGCGCCGAGUGAGAGGGUACGAAAGUUGUAUGAGUUGAGUGAGCGGUUCGAAGGUUGGAAAGUUCCUGCACAGAGUUCUUCUGGUACUGGUCGUCACAUGUCGGGACAGAACAGGGAUUUGGGACAUGAAGACCCGCCUCAUUCCGUUCCUGAAUCUGGAACUCGCCAUCCUCGAGGGCAACGUGGGGGCGAUUGUUCGCCCUUUGGUAUGCCAGGCCGAGGACCAUUCGGAGCUCCAGGCAACGGGCCUUUUGGCAGACGAGGUAUGCCCUCUCGCGGUCGUGGUCGCGGAAGCGAAUGGCGUGGAAACGAGUGGGCAGAAGUGGGAAAAGAGUUGGGCAAGAUUGGUGAACAAUUCGGCAAACGCAUGGGUGAUUGGGGU